CAGCAAUCGCCCACGCCAAUCAAUGGCACAUCUUCUUGCAACCUUCUCUUCCCCAGUAAGCAAAUCCGCUUCUUAUCUUCCUCCACUUAACCCCAAAAUUCAACCUGCCAUAGCCAAAAGCUUCCAACUUGAGAACUCUCUCUCAAAUGGCUUCCAUUUCUCUGCCUAAUUAUUCUCUCCCCUCUCUGCUUCCUGCUCAGAAACCCACUCCCCAAUUUUACUCUUCUCAACAUCUCCCACUUCUGUCUAAACCAUCACAUUCUCAAUUUUUUGGUCUUAAGGUUUCUCAUUCUGUUUCUCUUUCAACCCCAUCUUCUUUUCCAGCCAAGACUGCCAUUUUCGCUAAGGUAAACAAAGGGCAGGUACCACCCUCAUUCACAUUGAAAGAUCAGGAUGGGAAGAAUGUGAGUCUUUCAAAAUUCAAAGGGAAGCCUGUGGUUGUCUACUUCUACCCUGCUGAUGAGACCCCUGGCUGCACUAAACAGGCUUGUGCUUUCAGGGAUUCUUAUGAGAAGUUUAAGAAAGCAGGAGCUGAGGUUGUUGGAAUCAGUGGUGAUGAUACAUCAUCACACAAGGCAUUUGCAAAAAAAUACAGACUUCCAUUUACUUUGUUGAGCGAUGAAGGAAACAAAGUAAGAAAAGAUUGGGGUGUUCCAUCUGAUCUGUUUGGAGCAUUACCUGGGAGACAGACAUAUGUUCUUGACAAGAAGGGUGUGGUUCAGCUCAUCUACAACAACCAGUUCCAACCUGAAAAGCAUAUUGAUGAAACCCUGAAACUACUUCAAAGCCUUUGAACCUUUAAUUCUAUGUUGUAUUGCCUUUAUCUUAGCCUUCCCCUUAAUCUGUUCUCUUGGCACUGAUCAAGUCCUUCUAUAGGUUAUUUGUUGGAUCCAUUAUUUACAUAUAUAUACAUUCACAAGGAAUGAAGUGCAAUUUCUUAUUA